AAGCGAAGAAAUUUCGUUGGUGUUGCAUAAAGGAUGAAAUGAACAAGUGCAAAGAAUUCAAGAAAGCUUUCCCUGGAAUAGCGCAAAUUGCUGGUGUCGGACAAAUUACUCCUGACUGUGUCAGUGGUGAUAAUAAAGAAGACUGCAUGAAGAAAAUCAAGAAUAAUGAGGCGGACUUUGUUACUCUUAGUGGUGGAGACGUUCUCAAAGCAGGCAAAACUUAUGACCUAGUACCGAUAGUAGCAGAAGACUAUGAAACCCUCGCAGGAAUGGGGUACUAUUCUGUCAUUGUGGCAAAAAAAGAUACAACAGUGACCAUUGGAACAUUGAAAGGAAAGAAGUCGUGCCAUACCGGAUACCGAAGAACAGCAGGAUGGAAUAUUCCGAUUGGAUAUUUAUUAUAUAACACCACCCAAGGAAAAGCAAAUUCUGGAUGCGAUGCGCAGUUUGCCUCAAACUACUUCUCUAAGAGCUGCGUACCAGGCGCUCCAAAAUUAAAAGGACUUGAAAACUUGUGUGCACUGUGUCCAAAAGAGAGUAACUGUGAGAGCUCUGCUGAUAAGAACACUUACAGUGGAUAUCAUGGUGCUUUUCAGUGCAUGGCGGACAAGAAAGGAGAUGUGGCUUUUGUCAAACAUGUCACAACGGCUGAGGUACUGAACUAUGCCAGUGCUAAAUAUGGAAAGAUGUCUGACUACAAGUACAUCUGCCCGGAUGGAACAACUAAAGUUGUAACACAAGAGGCGUACGAGGAUUGCAGCUAUGGUCGCAGACCUUCUAAUGCUGUCGUUACCAGGACCACAUCUGACAACAAAGAUUUUGUCAACAUUUUAGUCACAGCAUCCAAGUACUGUCAGCCUAACACGACAGCUAGCAACUGUUCCGGAUUCCUGAUAUUUGAAUCCAGCAAAUAUGUUCCAGAAAAGAGCAAUCUUCUUUUCAGGGACUCCACUAAGAAACUAGUCAGUGUUGGAAAUAAAAACACCUAUGACAAAUGGUUAGGGGCCGGUUACAUUCACGCUUUGGCGGUCCAGGGAGGUCCUGCAUGCGCUGUUAGUGAAGCAGCAAUGCUGAAACCUUUCUCGUAUCUUUUUGUCGUGUGCAUCAUUCUGGGAAAGGUUUUCAUUUAAUUUUACUCAGCUGUUUGAAACGUUGUCUAGCCAGCCCAGAAGCCCAUUUGUUAGCGCUUCACUGUGCACGUGAUAUAGAUUAGGCUAGGAAGUAAAGUGUGUUUAGAUUGACCGCAUUUAAUCAACAACAUAAUGCUUAGCUUUAAUUGAUGGCAUAAGUAUAGUGAGCCUAUCAUUAUUCAUUCUCUAUUCUUUCACAAUAUUUUUAACUAAAAAACGUGAAAAAAUAAAAAAGAUGCACGAAGA